UUCGAGGACUUUGCUCGUAUUGUACUGUACAUAGCUGAACACAAGAACGGCAGAAGCGGGAUACUCGAUAUUUGGCAAGCAAGCACCGGCAAUACCCGGCCCCAUCUUUAUCAAGACUUGACGGCCAGCAUAGGGAAAGCUAUUUAGUUCACACCACGCUUCCUUUGCCAGAUAGCCUGCUAGCCAUGGCGUCUUCGGACGAGGAUUACUAUGGCCUCCUUGGUCUGGCAUAUGGGGCUUCGGAGGCGGAUAUCCAGAGGGCAUACAGGAAAAGUGCUCUGAAGUACCACCCCGACAAGGUCGGCGCCGACAACAAACAAGCUGCUCGCAUGUGGGAGCUCCUCGACAUCGCGGUCCAAACGCUUUCCGAUCCCGCCAAAAAAAGCGCCUACGACGCUCAAUACAAGUCCCGGAUAGCACAAAAGCGCAAACUAGAAGCAAUGGACGCAGGUCUCCGCGCCGCAAAGGAGUCUCUCGAACGCCGUGAGCAGGAGGCAUCAAAACGCUCCAAAUCAGAUCCGACGUUCAUGGCCGCCGUGCAUCGGCGGAACGAAAUUGAUAGGUUACGGGAGGAGGGGAUGAAGAAAGCGCAGGCCGCCGAGGAGGUCCGGAGACAGAUGUUUGCGGCAAAGGUGGAUGGUGCGAGGCGGGAGGCGGAGGAGGUGGCUGUGAGGGAAGCAAGGCGAAAGGCGGAGGACGGUGCGAAUGCGUUAGAUCGUACAGUCAAAGUGAAGUGGAAGAGCAAGCGGGUGGAGCCUGGGGCUGGCACGGCUGAAGCGUUACAGGCGAUCUUUGAGCGGUAUGGACCAGUCGAGGAUGUCGUUCUGUCGUCAAAGGGCAAAUCAAAUGCUAUGGUGGUGUUUUCCUCGAUCUUUGAUGCGAACUCAGCAAUCGAAGAUCAAGCAAACCCACACUUCAUCAAUUUCAAGCUCUCCUGGGCAUCCGGCUCCGAACCCCCAUCCCUAACGUCCUGGAAACGUUCCUCAUACGCAUCCUCAUCACACCUAAACCAAUAUUCAUCAUCCACACCAUCAAGGCGAGCGGCCCACGAGAGCCCCAUCCCGCCAUCAGCAUCCGCAUCGUUUCGAACAGCCGACUUUGACGACGAGUAUGAAUCGUUGACGUUGGAGAAGAUGAGAAGGGCCGCGAUGGAGAAGACGGCCGCGGCUGCCACCACUGAUAGCUCAGGGGUCUCUUGAGAGAUUGAUGUCGUCUCCUACCCGCGCCGCUCAUCACCUACCAAAGCCCGCAAUGUACAUAGUACAUAUCUAUUGCCGAACGCUGGUAUGAAUACACUUAUUUUUGGUCGCCUUUGGAAAAUGACAACGCUAAAUGUGCAUCAUACGCGAGUGUCAUGCAUUCAUAUAUACCUCCCUUUUCCCAAACCAACACAAA